CCAUCGAGAGGUUGAUUGCAAAAUUGGUCAGUCAUUUGUAGUCGGCUUCGUUGUGGCCAAGAACGUUGCAUUCGAACUAUCAAAAAAUCAUCGACAAGAAUAUCCGCCACUAGCCGCUGCCCACCCAGCCAAAUGGCUUACCCUGUACCCCGAUUUUCCAUCUCCGCUGCACUUUCCCCGAAUAUUUCAAAGUUUUCCGGCGGUAAUCUGCAGCCCUUUCUAAAUUUUCAGCAAUUCAGUAGAAGUGGGGCAGGCUUUGGCUAUAGAAGCAGUCUGUUACGCUGCUAUGCAGCGGCGAAACAGCAGAAAAGCGGUUCGCCACCAGCUACGAAGAAGAAGAAAAGACCUAGUGGUAAUAAGAACAACAGCAAGAGUUUAGUUGGGGCUGAUUUUGAGAUUGAGAGAGGUGGCGGGGUAGAGGUGCUAGAGUCGCCGUCGGAGUCGGAGACUCAGUCACCGUACGCAGCGCUGCCUCUGCCGAAGCCGCCGGCUGGUUUUGUGUUGGAUGAACAAGGGAGAGUUCUUAUGGCUUCUGACAAACGGAUUGCCACUAUUGUUGAUCCUAUCAAUGGCUUUCCACUGGAGUGCAUUAUUAGGAGAGUGUUUAGAAAUUCACGGGGAGACGAAUGUAUGCUACUGUACCCUGUUGACAUGCCUGUUCAGAUUUUGAAGAGUGUCAAUGUUGAAGGAUGGUCUGCUGUUAGUGAUGAAGAAGUUGAGUCCCUCCUACCUGCUGCAGCUUAUGCCCUUGCAAAAAUUCACAUACAUCUUGUGUACAGUGGAUUUUGUUAUACGGCACGUGGCGGCUUUUGUUACACAGAGGAAGACAUAUUUGAAUUUCACAUAGAUAAUGGCGAAGAUGUUGAUGGUUUACCAUCAGAAGGAGUUGAAAUUGUAUGCUUCCAUUUGGAUGGUUCUCACUACAUGAUUUAUACUCCUUCUGACCCUCUUCUUUUUAUCGCCAUCAAGGACAAGAAUGGUGCAUUACAAAUAGCUGAUGAUGAACUCUUGGAGGAUCCUGCUGUAAUCAGCGCCAUCGAUGAGGAGACUGAGUUCAAUGCGUUGGUGGAAGAAGAGGCUGCUCUUCUUGAUUCAUUAAUUGGUAAAAGGUGAUUUAGUUGUUACAUGUCGACCAUAGGAUGCAGGUUGCUGAUGUCUGUCUAUUGAACCCUAAGUUGCUAUCAGACUACGGAAGUGUACAUUGUAUAUAAAAUGAAUUCAUUAUAGCUUUGAGACAAUGUGCCAGCUUUAGUUAUUCUUUUAUUGGAUUGGCAAACUCA